AUGGACUCUCAUACUCCAUGCCAUCAAGAGGACUCCCUUCUUCAAAUCAGAGAUUGGUUGAUACAAGGAGUGGCUCAGAAUUGGCACAGAGUGGAAAUCUUUAUAAGGGAUGAGAAUUUGCGAAACCAACUGGCAAACAAAUGUCCCUUUCCUUCGGACAUGGCAGUGAUAGCAGAGGACAUCCAUUCACUUUCCAGGGAUUCCAUGAUGUGCAGUUCGUGGCAGAUGCAUAGAUUUGUUGGGUCUAGUGGAGUCUUUGCUGUAGGCCAUGUUCAACUCUCUGUUGCCACCCCUUCAACAAAAACGAAGGAGGCCCCGCCCUCCGCCGACCAGCAUCCCCAGUUGAUCAUCAACUAG